AUGUCGACGUUGGGUUCAUUCAAACUUCCACUCAAUAAUGAGAUUGAUCUGUUGACUGAGGAAGUUGAGAAGGGAUAUGAUGAUAGUAAUACUGUUAGGAAGUUCUUGGAGAAACGAAUACAGAUAGAGGAGGAGUAUGCAAAGAACUUGCAAAAGUUGGUAAAGACACAGACUGGUCUAAACAAGAUGGGUGGUAUCUGUGGUGCAUUCACCGUUAUUGUAGAGAACACCAAUCAAUACUCUAUGGAGAUACUCAAAGUGGUACAAAAGAUCAACGACGACAUCACUGUCCCCUUGAGGGACUUCCUAAAGGAUCUAAAGGCCGAACAAAAGACUUAUAUAGCAGAUGGACAAAACCUUACAAAGGAGAGAAAGGAGAUGUUUGAAACAUUGAAGAAUGCAAAGGCAAAGUAUGAUUCAUUGUCAUCUGGUGCAAUAUUGGAUGGCGAAUCAAAGAUCAAAGAGGCAGAGGAUGAUUACAAGUAUUAUGUCGCUGUUGCCAACAGGUACCAAGCAAGCUUCCACAGUGACAGGAUGCCCAAAGGCUUUCAAAGAUUGGAGACCAUUAGAAUGCAGAGGAUGAAGACCAACUUGAAGAAGUUCAUUACAGAGUAUGAUGCCAUACCAAAUAGAUUGUCAAUGUCGAUAAAGGAGUCUGAGGAUGCUAUUAAUGCGAUUGAUACGAAGAAGGAUAUCAUGGCAUUCGUCAACUUUAAUCGUGUGAUCAAUAGUGCAUUGCCAGAGUUUGUCUUUGAACCAAGUGAGCGCAAGAAGAAGAGUUGGAGGAUGUCCGUAUUAAAGAUGACUGGAAGUGGCAAGCAAGAUCAGUCCUCUUCUUUGGACCAACAGCAAACGACAUCGUUACAUCAACAACACAACGCAAUGCCAACACGUCGAUCGAUGAACCCCAAUACAAUGGUGUUUGGAGCGCCAAUAUCAGAGGUCAUGGAGCGACAGCGUGCCAGGUAUCCCGAGCUGAACGUGCCCUAUGUGCUCAUACUUUUUGUCAAUCAGAUCAAGAGUCUGGGCGGCGUGCAGACCGAGGGCAUCUUCCGCAUACCAGGCAACAACAUUGACAUCAUCACAAUCAAGGCGCGCAUAGACCAGGGCGACUACUCAUUCGUCGAGAGCAACGUGCACACACUGUCCUCCACACUCAAGGCAUGGCUGCGCGAGAUCCCGCAGCCACUGAUCCUGGAUGAUCUGUACGAGGCGUCGGUCAACUGCGAGUCAGUGUCGGACCUCAUCGACGUGUUUGAUCAGCUGCCUGUGCACAAUCAGCGCAUCCUCACAUAUAUUGCACAGUUCCUCAAGGAGUUGACGUUGCCCGAGAACGUGGCGCACAGCAAGAUGACCAUUGACAACAUGUCCAUGGUGUUUGCACCAUCCUUCCUGCGGUGUAACAAUCCAGAACUCUUCAUGGCCAACAUUGAGAAGGAGAAGAACUUCAUUCGCAUCCUCAUCGAGGCCACCACCCAACUCCAAGACAUAUGUCCACUCAAUCUCUCACUGGCCACACACACACCAACCUCUAGCAACAUUGUCAACUCGACAUCAUCCGAUUCAAUAUCGAAUAUGGCGUCGACUGGAGCAGGACCGCGAUCACCAGACUCCAGCAACUUCAAGUCAACUCACACACGCACACCAUCUUCACCAAACUCAACGACGUCCAGCAGCAGCAACUCGUCAUACACAUACUCAACACCUUCAUCACCAACAUCACCAACAUCACCAGCAUCAACACAGUCAUCAACAUCAUCAAUGGCAUCGGCGGCAUCGUCCAAGUCCACUUCGCCGCCGCCAUCAAUUUCCAAAAUCUCCAUUCCCUACAAGCCCACGACAAGCCACUCUGAUCACAUGAACCUGUUCCGACCGCAAUCAAUCGGCAUGCAUCUUCAGUCCACCAGCUCAUCAUCAACUUCAACACCAACACCAACAUCAAACAUGUCAACAAUGUCAUCAUCAUCACAUUAUCACUCACAAGCACCAAUAUUACACGCGCCAUACGUCAUCUCACACUCCAAAGCAACUUCCAUGUUGAAGGAUCUUCACAUGGCACACAACUCCAGUAUCAACCAAGCUCACAAGUCCUCCAACAAAUCACGUAUAUCCUCCCUUGACAUCUUUGGUCCUCCAGUCACGCAUGACCUGGAUGACGAUGACGAACAAUGA